UUUAAGUUUUUUAUAGUUGAAACGUGCAUUAAGAUUCAACGUAUAGUUCAGUUAUGGAAAACGGUAAAAAGAAUGAAAACCUUGUUGGUGACGAGGACCUUGUAGAUUACGAAGAAGAGGACGAAACCUCCGUGCCAAGUGGUGCAGUAAAGAGUGCUUCCACAAAGGAAUCCAAAAAGGGAAGUUACGUUGGGAUUCACAGUACAGGUUUUAAGGAUUUCCUAUUGAAACCAGAGCUUUUGCGAGCCAUUCAGGAUUGUGGUUUCGAACACCCUUCAGAAGUUCAAGAACAGUGUAUCCCACAAGCUAUCCUUGGCGGCGACAUUGUUUGUCAGGCAAAAAGCGGUAUGGGGAAGACAGCUGUCUUUGCUUUAGCUGUACUUCACCAACUGGUACCCGAAGAUGGCAAAGUUAGCUGUGUUGUUUUAGGUCAUACUAGAGAACUUGCCUACCAAAUUGCACACGAGUUUGAACGAUUCUCGAAGUAUCUUCCUAAUGUGAGAACUGCUGUUCUUUAUGGUGGUGUUCCAAUCAAACAACAUAUAGAUAGACUUAAACAGUCUCCACCUCAUAUCGUUGUUGGAACACCUGGAAGAGUAUUAGACCUUUCACGUAGAAAAGCUUUGGAUAUUUCAUCAGUUCAAUUUUUUGUUCUUGAUGAAUGUGAUAAGAUGUUGGAACAACUCGAUAUGCGACGCGAUGUUCAAGAGAUUUUUCGUAUGACUCCGCAUAACAAGCAGGUGAUGAUGUUUUCGGCAACGCUUUCCAAGGAAAUUCGAAAUGUUUGUAAAAAAUUUCUGUCAAAUCCAAUGGAAGUUUAUGUGGAUGAUGAGGCCAAGCUUACCCUUCAUGGUUUGUUGCAGUAUUAUUUGAAACUCGAAGAACAAGAGAAGAAUAGGAAGUUGAUGGAUCUUCUAGACACAUUAGAGUUUAACCAAGUAGUUAUCUUUGUGAAGUCUGUGCAGCGAGCUAAUGCUCUCAAUAAGCUAUUGGUAGAAUACAAUUUUCCUUCCAUUGCUAUUCAUAGUAGUAUGGCACAGUCGGAGCGUAUCUCUCGAUAUCAGAUGUUUAAAGAUUUCCAGAAACGUUUACUGGUGGCUACGGAUAUUUUUGCACGAGGAAUCGAUAUCGAGAGAGUAAACAUUGUGAUUAACUACGAUAUGCCGGAUUUGAAAGGCCCAGAAGCUACAGCGAAGACCGGAGCUGAUGCUUACCUUCACCGAGUUGGUCGCGCGGGUCGUUUUGGGACUAAAGGAUUAGCAAUAUCUUUUAUUAGUUCUAAGGAAGAUAACGACGUGUUGAACGAGGUACAAAGCCGAUUUGAAGUCUCCAUUGAGCCUCUUCCUGACAAGAUCGACGUUGCAUCAUAUAUGAAUGCAUAAGUAAGUCUUCUUUUGUUGGAAUUUGAAAUGGAAUAGAGUCUCUUGUUUGGUACAUUUUGUGAUGCCCUUCGUUGGACUAGUUUGUUAUUGGUUGAGAUAAAGACAUUUGCAGCAUAGUUGCUUUUGCGGAAUACUAGCUGGAUAUUGGCUUCAUUUUUUGCAUUCUUACACUGCUGGCUUAUUUAGUUGAGAAUUUUUGUGUCAGUAGCAGUUGGCUAAGUAGCAACGAAACUAGUUGAUUGUUUUUCUUAUUUUCCUCAAACAGAUGGAAGCUUUCUAUUCGCAAGUAAUAUCGAAAAAAUAUCGUUGCAGGGUACACAUAUUCACUCAAUUUCGGAACAUGUUGUUGUUUUGCAAUUUUUAAGCAGUGAUAACAUGACCAAAUAUCAAAGUAUUCCACGAAAUAGUUUUCUUUAUGAGGUGAAACUAGAGUGCACUCACACUCCGUAUUGAUUGGAUACAGGAGUCACGGUCUAUUGAGAGGAUGGAUUGCAUCGACUAAAGAAGACUGUUUAGCCAAUUUGAGAGCUAUCGAUAUAUUUCACAAUUCAGUUGUUUUGAACCGAUACUUGAUGUCAUCUGGACGAUAAGGUUGAUAUCCUGUUAGAUGUUGCGUAUUUUUCCAUUCAAUAUUGAGUUUUUGAUUUUUCACAGAUUCAUUUUGAUA